AUGAUGAUUGUAGCUCCUUUGGAGAUUUGGAUCUUUUCUGAGCUUGUGAACAAGGCAAGGGUUGUGGAAAAGUAUGCGAAGAAAAUGGCAUCAGCAAGAGAGAUUUGUGGAGGAAAUAACAACCAUGAAUAUGGAAAAUACUUUCAACCAAGAGCUCAAAACUUCAAGAGGGGAGGACAUGUAUCUCAAGGUCAAGGCAACACUAGGAUACCCACUUUUGAUCAGUACCACCAAGCGAGAGGAAGAGGUAAUCAGAGUAAGACAUCUCUGAAUUUAACUUGUGAUCGUUGUGAGCGUUUUCAUCCGAAUGACUCAUGCAAGUUGGGUAUAGGUGGUUGCUUCAAUUGUGGAUUGCCUAGUUACAUGGCGAGGGAUUGCUUCAUUGCAUUUGAUAAGGUUGAGGAUCUAGGACUGAAAAUGUCAGAAUCAGCUUUUGAUUUACAUGUGCAUACCCCGUACCAAACAUUUGUGACUAAAUCAGGUUGUAGGGAAUUAACCUUGAAGAUUGAGGAUAGAGAAUUUGUUCAUGAUUUAAUCUAUUUGCCAAUGGUUGGGUUGGAGAUGAUUUUAGAGUUUGAUUGGUUGACAAAGAAUCGGGUUUUGCUGGAUUGCUUUGAGCGAUCAAUUCCAUUUUUGCCAAAAGGGGAAGGUGAAGUAGUAGUAGCUGAGGGUUAUUACCUGAACUCUGUGUUGGUGAACUUUAGUAGAGAAGAGUGUCAGGGUUAUAUAUUGUUGGCUGCGAAUGCAUUAGGUGAUGAAUGGAGGUUAGAUCAAAUUUCGGUAGUUAGGAAGUUUCCAGAAGUGUUCCCAGAAGAUAUUCCUGAAUUCCCACCUCAAAGGGAGAUUGAAUUUGCUAUUGAAUUGGUGUCGGGAGCUGGACCAGUGUCGAUUUUGCCGUACAGAAUGGCUCCAAUAAAGCUAGCUGAACUUAAGACUCAGUUGGAAGAGCUUCUAAACAAGAGGUUCAUUCGACCAAGUGUGUCUCUAUAG